GAGGGGCUCCCGGGUCUGACGCGGAGCAGAAACGAGGCGGACCACGCGGUCAUCACUCCCGAGUCGCGCGUGUGGUGCGGACUGCCGGGAUGGGAUCCGACGUGCUCGGGCGCGUACCUCGCCUCGCCGCAGAUGAACGGAGCGCUGUUCACGAUGUGCCUCGUCAAGAUGCCCGACGGAGCGCGCGCGGGACCCGCGCUCCCGGGGGUGGAGCGUUUCGUCAUGGUCGUGGAGGGAGGCAUCGCGACGACGCUUGGCGAGCACAUUCGUCUCAGCGCCGUCAAAUCGGGCGACGACGUGCAUGGCGAGUACCUAUAUAUGCCACCUGACAUGGCGAGCGUCGUGUCCAUCAAAGCCGAGGGGGCGACGACGAUACUGAUGUUCGAGCAGGUGUACCGCCCGUCGCCGUACAAGAAGGACGAGAAACCAGAUCGAGAGUUUGGGUUCAUCGACGACAAGCCCACGCUGGACCCGGGCGCCCCCGAGGUGUUCACCCUGCGCAAGCUUCUUCCCCUGGAGGAGCGGUUCGACUUCAACAUCCACGUCAUGGACUUCGAGCCCGGCCAGUUUCUCCACUGCAACGAGAUGCACUACAACCAGCACGGGAUGUUGAUGCUCGAGGGACGGGGUAUAUACCGGCUCGGUCAGGGCGACGGUCGCUGGUACCACUUGCGCGCGGGUGACGCCGUGUACAUGGCGCCGUACUGUCCGCAGUGGUACGCCGCCCUCGAGCCGGGCAGGACCAGGUAUAUCCUGUACAAGGACACCUACAGGGACCCGUUG